GUUCAUGUCCCCAGUAUCUAUUUCUCUCUGUUCGUCUCAAGAAUCGUUACUUUCAAACAUUCAACUCCUGCAUGCACUUCUCCAGAUUCCAUGAUGAUGAGCAAUUAUGGAGGCCAACGACUACUAGUGGUCGACUGUUGCUAUUGCCAGACCCAAAUCCAGCUGCCUUCUGUAAGUCCGAUAUACAUCGUCGGCACAUCCGUCCGCUGCGGCCGCUGCUAUGCCAGUACCCGCGUCGCCUCUCCGGGCUUCCCCCGCUCCCCUUAUAGUGCUGUACCCUACUAUGUCCCUAUAAACCCACCACCACACGCCGGCUUCUCCCACAGCUCACCAGGACCUCCGCCGAACGUGCACAGGCCGAAGAAGGCGGUGAUCUGCGGGAUAUCGUAUAGGUACUCGAGGCAUGAGCUCAAAGGUUGCAUCAAUGACGCCAAAAACAUGCGGUAUCUCCUCAUGAGCAAGUUCAAGUUUCCAGAAGAUUCCAUUUGCAUGCUCACUGAAGAAGAAACUCACCCAUAUAAGAUUCCAUAUAAAAACAACAUUAGAAUGGCAUUAGAUUGGCUUGUACAAGGAUGCCAACCAGGUGACUCCCUUGUGUUUCACUACUCUGGUCAUGGUUCACGGCAGUUGGAUUAUGAUGGUGAUGAAGUUGAUGGAUAUGAUGAAACCCUUUGUCCCCUUGACUUCGAAACCCAGGGUAUGAUUGAUGAUGAUGAGAUAAAUGCAGCAAUUGUUAGGCCCAUUCCACAUGGGGUCAAGCUUCAUGCAAUUAUAGAUUCUUGUCAUAGUGGCACCAUACUGGAUUUGCCAUUCCUUUGCAGAAUGAACAUGGGUGGAAUAUAUGUAUGGGAGGAUCAUCGCCCUCCAUCAGGAGUAUGGAAAGGAACAAGUGGUGGAGAAGUUAUAUCUAUCAGUGGUUGUGAUGACUAUCAAACGUCUGCGGAAACAUCAGCUCUAUCCAAGAUCACUUCAACAGGUGCCAUGAUUUUCUGCUUCAUCCAAGCAAUCGAGAAUGGACAGGCAGCCACAUAUGGGAGCUUACUCAAUUCUAUGCGUAGUACCAUUCGAAGUAUGGGUUCUGCUGGUGGUGGUAGGCUAAGACAGGAGCCUCAAUUAACUGCCUGCGAGCCAUUCGAUGUGUACAGGAAACCUUUUGCCCUAUGAUCUUUUAUCUGUCUACACAAAUCAACACUUCAUUAUAUCUCUAAAUAUGUAUUUUGGGCUUUAGAUAAUUGUGAAACAACUUGAUGAGUAAUAAAUUUAUGUUUGCCAUCGAUA